AUGAACAUCUUACUAGCCAACGCACAGUUGUUAGCGCCUAAAAUCGACGAAGUGCGAUCUGUGAUGUUGAACGCUAAGCCUGAUUUAGGUUUCUUUACAGAAACUUGGUUACGUGAGACCAUCAGUGACAGCCAAGUUAAUAUUCCUGGUUACUCGUUUAUCGCAAGAAAUCGUUGUGUGGAUAUCCAUGGUGUUGUAGGACUUUACAUCCAUGAUUCCAUCAAAUUUAAACCGCUCGAUGAAUUUUCGGACCCUGAUUUUGAGUCACUUUGGGUGUGGCUUAUGCCAAGGAGGCUGCCUAGAGGAUUCCCCUGCCUGGUUGCUGGUACCGUCUACCACCCACAGUUAGGCGUUAACAAUAGUGGUAUGCUUAACCACCUUACUACUACACUGACUGACAUUGUGGGCCAGUAUCCCGGUUGUGGUAUAUUCGUGUGCGGCGAUUUUAAUCGGUUGAGCCUUAGCCGCCUCACAUCGUAG